AUUCAUAUAUUCAAACAAUAACAAUUUUAAAAUGUUUUUUUGUGAAGCCACAAACAUUCUAUGUCGUUGCCAUAGCAACAACAUGAAGAAGAUGAGAGGGUGAAUUUAUCAAAGUUCCAAUUGUCAUCAAAGACAUUUUAGAAUGUUGGAAUGUUAUAGGAGCCCUGACUUUUUAUUCCUUAAUAGCUUUUUAUUUGAGCAUGGACCACAGUUCAGACACACAUUUUUCUGUUGCAAUGGAGCAUACAGAGAAAGGCAAGAAGCCAGAUAUCUCAGAGGACGAGAUAGGAGAGACAAGUGAGAGGAUGGAUAGUUCAGAGGACACGACUGGAGGAACCAGUAGGAUGAUGGAUAGUUCACAGGACACGACAGGAGGAACCAGUGAGAGGAUGGAUAGUUCAGAGGACACGACAGGAGGAACCAGUGAGAGGAUGGAUAGUUCACAGGACACGACAGGAGGAACCAGUGAGAGGAUGGAUAGUUCAGAGGACAGAACUGAAGAAAAAAGUGAGAUGAUGGAUAGUUCUGAAGACAACUCCAAGAAGGCUGAACCCUCAGUUGCUUUGCUUGCUCAUCAAGAGUACCUAAGGGACGAGCUGAAGGACAGGCAUGCGAUGCUCACCAGAUAUACAUCUGAUGGCAGAGUCAAGCUGGAAAUUCAAGAGGAUUCGCUGAUUUUAAUACUUGAGCUCCUCCAGGAAAAGAACAUUUGGGGCAGAGAGAGUCAGCUGAGGGAGAGGGAGAUGUCGGACCUGAAAGCCCAGCUAGAUACGAGUCAGGCUGAUGUCCACUCAUCACAGAUAGAGAUUGAGGAUCUGAAAUCAAAGAACAAAGUGCUCUGUAGUUCCCAUCAGCUCCAGAUUAGUGAACACAAAGCAGAGACCAUGAAGAUCACAUCUGCCCUUGAAGAAGCAGAGGAUCUGCUGGAGACUAAGCAACUCCACUGGCAGCAGGAGAAAUCUUCCCUGCUGGAGGAGAUGGAGAAAUCCAAUGCUCUCUAUGUAGCUCAGCUGGACGGGCAGAGAAAAGAGAACAACACCCUUGUAGCUGCUCUGAGAAAUGUUGAGCAGGAGCUGGAGAGUCGUCAGGUGAAGUGGCAGGAGGAAAAGACAUCCAUCAUUAGUGAACACGAAGCAGAGACCAUGAAGAUCACAUCUGCCCUUAAAGAGGCAGAGUCUCUGCUGGAGACUGACCACCUCCAGUGGCAGCAGGAAAAAUCCUCCCUGCUCGAGGAGAUGGAGAAAUCCAGGGCUCUUUGUUUGACUCAACUGGAUGAGCAGAAACACAAGAACAACACCCUUGUGGCUGCUCUGAGGAAAGCUGAGCAGAAGCUGGAGAGUCAGCAGAUGGACUGGCAGGAGGAAAAGACAUCCCUCAUUCAGGCCACAGAAGACUUCAAGAAGAAUGUGCAGGAACUGGUCAAGAGUGAGGAAGAGGCUAAGAAGACUGUAGAAAGAUCCCAUCAACUCCAGAUUAGGGAACAGAAAGCAGAGACCAGGAAGAUCGCAUCUGCCCUUAAAGAGGCAGAGGAUCUGCUGGAGACUAAGCAACUCCACUGGCAGCAGGAAAAAUCCUCUCUGCUGGGGGAGAUGGAGAAAUCUAAGGCUCUCUAUGUGGCUCAGCUGGACAAGCAGAAACACAAGAACAACACCCUUGUGGCUGAACUGAGGAAAGCUGAGCAGAAGCUGGAGGGUCAUCAGGUGGAGUGGCAGAAUGAAAGGACAUACCUCAUUCAGGCUGCAGAAAGCUUCAAGGAGACUGUGCAGGAACUGGCCAAAAGUGAGGAAGAGGCUAAGAAGACUGUAGAAAGAUCCAAGGCUUCCCAUCAACUCCAGAUUAAGGAACAGAAAGCAGAGACCAGGAAGAUCGCAUCUGCCCUUAUAGAGGCAGAGGAUCUGCUGGAGACCAAGCAACUCCAUUGGCAGCAGGAGAAAUCCUCCCUGCUGGAGGAGAUGGAGAAAUCCAAGGCUCUCUAUGUGGCUCAACUGGACAAGCAGAAACACAAGAACAACACCCUUGUGGCUGAACUGAGGAAUGUUGAGCAGAAGCUGGAGGGUCAUCAGGUUAAGUGGCAGGAGGAAAAGACAUCCCUCAUUCAGGCCACAAAAGACUUGAAGGAGACUGUGCGAGAACUGGCCAAGAGUGAGGAAGAGGCUAAGAAGACUGUAGAAAGAUCCAAGGCUUCCCAUCAACUUCAGAUUAGGAAACAGAAAGCAGAGAACAGAAAGAUUGCAUCUGCCCUUAAAAAGGCAGAGGAUCUGCUGAUGAAUGAGCAACUCCACUGGCAGCAGGAGAAAUCCUCCCUGCUGGAGGAGAUGGAGAAAUCCAAGGCUCUCUAUGUGGCUCAGCUGGAUGAGCAGAAACACGAGAACAACACCCUUGUGACUGCUCUGAGAAAUGUUGAGCAGGAGCUGGAAAGUCAUCAAGUGGAGUGGCAGGAGGAAAGGUUAUCCCUCAUUCAGGCCACAGAAGACUUAAAAGAGACUGUGCAAGAACUGGCCAAGAGUGAGGAAAAGGCUAAGAAGACUGAAGAAAGAUCCCAGGCUUCCUAUCAACUUCAGAUUAAGGAACACAAAGCAGAGACCAGGAAGUUAGCAUCUGCCCUCAAAAACGUAAAACAUCUGCUGGAGACUGAGCACCUCCACUGGCAGCAGGAGAAAUCCUCCCUUCUGGAGGAGAUGGAGAAAUCCAGCGCUCUCUAUGUGGCUCAGCUGGACAAGCAGAAACACAAGAACAACACCCUUGUGACUGCUCUGAGAAAUGUUGAGCAGAAGCUGGAAAGUCAUCAAGUGGAGUGGCAGGAGGAAAGGUUAUCCCUCAUUCAGGCUGCAGAGGACUUUAAGAAGACUGUGGAAAGGUCCCACACCUCCCAUCAACUCCAAAUUAGGGAACACAACGCAGAGACCAGGAAGAUCACACCUGCCCUUAACGAGGCUGGAUACUGAGUGCCUCUCCUGGCAGCAGGAGAAAUCCUCCCUGCUGGAGGAGAUGGAGAAAUCCAGAUCUUGCUGUGAGGUUAACCUGGAUGAGCAGAUGAGAUCAGAUGACAGAAUCCUAACCCCCCCAAAUCAACUUUUUGAGGGUCAUGACUUAACUUUUCCUCUGCAACCAGUGGUUUUCUCCGGGAUGCUCCGGUUAACCAAUUUUAAUAGAAGAAGAAAUUCUUUGAUUAAAAGAAAAAAAAUAUAUGAGAUCAGAUGAUACAACCUUUACCCUCCAAAACAGCCUUUUGAGGGUCAUUUCCUGCACAACCAGUGGUUUUCUCCAGGAUGCUCCAAUUAACCAAUUUUAAUUGAAGAAGAUAUUCUUCAAUAUAUGUAGAAGCAGAAAAUACUUGGUCUAUCCAAUCCUUUAAACAAGACAAGAGAAAGGAGCGUUUCAUCGGCUGGAGCUGCGGAAUUAUCCCAACUGCCUCCAAGAGUAUUUCAGGAUGUCAGUGGUCCAGUGUGAUACGCUGCUAACUAUACUGGAACCACACAUUAAAAAGAGGGCAACCAAUUUCCAUUAAUCAGUUGAUUUGUGGAAACAGUGGCGGCCAGUAUGUAGGGACAAACAAAUCAAACACACACACAAACCGCACACACAUCACAAAAAUCCAAAAAUCGGUGUUAUAUCCUAUUAAAAAACCAACAAUAUUUUCA